AUGCCCCCCGGCACUUUUCUUCUUGUUCGAGAAGACGAAGCUUCUCGAGAUCAUGGCGGACGCACGAUUAUCCUUGAUCCUGUGCCAUCGGAUGAUCCAAAUGAACCGCUAAACUGGAGUACAACUCGCAAAGCGGUGAACUUCACGCUGGUGCUGGUUGUUAGUUGUCUUAUAUUCACCGCCUUGUCUAUUCAGCCAAUUUUCUGGCAAUUAAUGGUUGUCGAUUUGAAUGUGACCUAUACACAACUUAACAACGCCGCGUCGGUCAAUUUUGUCGGUCUUUCCACCGGUUGUGUGCUUUUCAUUCCGUUGGCCAUAAAAUAUGGCAGACGCCCUGUUUAUCUAGUCUCGACAGCACUCAUGUUGGCAACAUCAAUGUGGCUAGGGCAGAUAAAGAGUUUAAGCGAAUUAUACGCUGCGAACCUACUCCAGGGAUUGGCGGGAGCAACAAACGAGUCUAUCGUCCAAAUCACGAUUGCGGAUCUUUUCUUUGUACAUCAUCGUGGCGGAAUGAAUGGAUUGUAUAUGACUAUGGUAAUGAUUGGAAGCUUUUUGACCCCCAUGGCUGCUGGAGCACAAGCAACCAACCAGGGCUGGCGGUGGUCUUAUUAUACCAUGUCAAUAUUUACCGGUGUCAUUUUUCUACUUUUCGUUCUUUUCUACGAGGAGACAAAAUACUCUCGAGUAAUUGACGGCAUUCCUGCUCCGAACGACACUAUUUAUGACGCUCAGCUCAGCAACUCGCCGCAUCCGGAGAGCGCAAAAUUUGAUAAAACAGGACGAGAUCCACAAGUAGUUGACACGGCAACAGUUCCUAUUAGACAAUCAUCUCGAGAUCACGAAGUGGAUCAAUCCAUCCCAAUCAAACCAUGGAGAACGAGGCUAGCACUUAUUACUCCAACGUCUGAGCCUAUUUGGUCAUACUUUUACAGACCUUUCCUUAUACUUCUUCGGUUCCCAACUGUUCUUUUUACAGGCUUACAAUAUGCUAGUGGAAUUGUCUGGCUUACCAUCAUGUCCAGUGUCCUAGCAUUAGUAUUCCCACUUCCACCAUACAACUUCAGUCCGGCACAGGUCGGAUACAUGAGCAGCGGGCCGUUUAUUGGAAAUCUGCUUGGAGCUAUCUAUGGUGGUUUUCUAGGCGACUGGUCGAUCUUGUUCUUCUCUCGUCGGAACAAAGGCUACUUUGAGCCCGAGAUGCGGCUUUACAUUUUGCACAUCCCAGCGGUAUUCUUGUGCGGUGGAAUAAUUAUGUUCGGAGUGACGAUUUCUCGGGGUAUGCACUGGAUCCUCCCUGUCAUCGCGGGUGGUUUCUUCGGCUUCGGCCUCGGAAGCAUUGGCGACGCAUGCUUAACCUUGGUCAUCGACAGCUACCACGACGUCGUGGGCGACGCAUUCACUGGAAUCGCCUUCCUGCGAAAUGCCAUCACCAUCGGCAUCCCGUUUGCUAUCACCCCGUGGAUGGAAACCAAUGGACUACAGAAUAUGUUCAUCACUUGUGGGUUUAUCAGUCUGGGUAUUACAAGUUUGUGCAUUCCAAUGGUUAUAUUUGGCAAGAGAUCUCGACGAAAAUUGGCGCCGUACUACAGGGAGAUGGCCAGCAAGCAGGGGUAG